CCCACUCCCAGCAUGUUCCAGUGGAAGAAGACCAUCUACAAAACGGUUUGUCUCUCCUUCUUGCUGGUCAUCACGGUGACGGUGCUGCAGCGAGGAAUGGCUCCCAACCAGUUCAUGCAGGGCCAGCAGCAAAAAGACCUGCCCCCUCCAGAACCUCUGAAAACACAGAAGAGAGACAACGCCUUCUCCAUCACCAGCACCUUCUGGAAGACCAAGAAGGAGAAAGCUCCUGUGAAAGAGGAGAGCGUGACAGCAAAGCAAACAAAAUUCUGGGAUGUCACCACUACCAACUGCUCAGCCAACCAGAACUUCAGCAAGGUGGACUGGUUCAAGGGGCUGGAGCCCAACUUCCAGCAGUUCCUGCUCUAUCGGCACUGCCGAUACUUCCCCAUGCUGAUCAACCACCCGGAGAAGUGCAGUGGGGACGUUUACCUGCUCAUCGUGGUCAAGUCCAUCAUCACACAGCACGACCGCCGCGAGGCCAUCCGGAGGACCUGGGGCCAGGAGAAGGAGGUGGAGGGCAAGAGGAUCAGGACGCUGUUCUUGCUGGGCACGGCCUCCAAGGAGGAGGAGAGAGCCAACUACCAGAAACUGCUGGAUUACGAGAACCACAUCUAUGGCGACAUCUUGCAGUGGGAUUUCCUGGACAGCUUCUUCAACCUCACCCUCAAAGAGGUCCAUUUCCUGAAGUGGUUCAACAUCUACUGUGACAACGUCCGCUUCAUCUUCAAAGGUGAUGAUGAUGUGUUUGUGAGCCCCAGCAACAUCCUGGAGUUCCUGGAGGACAAGAAGGAGGGAGAGGACCUCUUUGUGGGGGAUGUCCUCCACAAGGCCAGGCCAAUCCGUAAGAAGGAGAACAAGUACUACAUCCCCAGUGCCCUCUACAACAAAAACAUCUACCCACCCUAUGCAGGGGGUGGGGGCUUCAUCAUGGAUGGACCCCUGGCCAAGAAGCUGCACAAGACCUCGGAGAUGCUGGAGCUGUACCCCAUCGAUGACGUCUUCCUAGGGAUGUGCUUGGAGGUCCUUAAAGUAUCACCUGUUGGACAUGAGGGCUUCAAAACUUUUGGCAUUGUGAAGAACAAGAACAGCAAGAUGAACAAGGAGCCAUGUUUUUUCCGGAGUAUGUUGGUGGUUCAUAAACUGCUGCCUCCAGAGUUGCUCCAAAUGUGGGACUUGGUCCACAGUAACUUGACAUGCUCAAGAAAACUCAAUGUCCUUUAGCUCAGUCUCUCUGGAGAGCUGGGACUGGAGGGGCUGGGACAGCUGAUCCCUGCUCCAGAAUGGGGUGAGCCUCUGCUGGUGGCACAUGAAUCCUUCGGGGGCAUCUCCCUCCGGGGCAAGGAGGGCAGAGACUUUGCGCUCGUGGGCAGGGUUUGGCUCGCGGGCAGGGUUUGUGAUAGUGUUUGUUCCUGUACUGUAUUGUGGUUCGCUUAUCUCCAGCUGGGUUGGGGGUUGCUGAAAAAAAAAAAAAGAAAAAAAAAUAACAACAUGACAAAUCAAGCACAAAAUGGAAAAAGAGAGAGAGAGAGAGAGAAGGCACAGAGGUUUGUGCUUUGCUUUAAGCACCUCCUUCACAGGAGCGUGAUAAGUGAAGGAGUCGGGGAGGCAGGGAGGGAUGUGGCACAUUUUUGGAGGUGUUCAGGUCUGGCUAUCCAGGGAAGCUGCUCCAAGGGAGUUCGGCUGAUCGCAAGUGCAUCAGCCCCCCACAACACAAAAAUCAAGGGAUUUUAUUUGUUAUCUCAAAUUUCUCCUCCAUGCAAGGUUUCGGUGACCUUGACCCUGUGCACAUUGGGUUUAUCCCCAUCAAAAUCCUCUCUGUGUCCCCACAUGCAGCUGGGGGAAGGGGCUCUCCUCCGAGGCUGGCCCUCAGCAGCCCUGGGUCCCCUUAGGAUUUCAGCAUGGCAGUUGGGGCACCAGGGUCUUUGUCCCUAUAAGAGGGUCCCAGGCGAUGGUGGCUUCCAGACCCUUUGUGGCCUUGCUGUGCAUGCCCUCAGAGGAAUGCACCCAGCUGAAAUUCCUCAGGGAUUUGAUCCUCCUGGCAGGAAAGAGAAGAGACCAGGCAGACUGUCCUUGCCUGUGGCCCAGGAAGUGGCAGAGAAACUUGGUGGCCCCCAGCUAGAGUGGCCCGGGGGUUUGUUACACCUGGGACCUCAGCUUGGGUGCAGGCAUCCUGGGGGUUUCCUCUGGGGAGACCCUCUCCUUGCAGCAGGGCUGCCCUGGUGGGUUUGGUUGGAGGGGGACAACAGCCCCCAAAGGCCCCAUGCAUGGCUGCUUCAGGCUUAGCCCUGGUUUGGCAGCAACUGUGAUGCUCCAGGGUGAACUGGGGAGCACUGGUCCUGCCCCAGCACGUGGAGCAGGGUCCAAGGGGACAAGGUAAAGGAGGGCUGGUGUUUCACACCACAUCUGCUCUUCUCAGGGUUGUUGCAGUGUUUAUGCUACAGGAUGAGGUGCAGGAGCACAACAGGGAGUUGUGUCAUGAGACGUGGCCCUUUUUAUGGCUGGAAGGGCCAUAGGCUCUUUAGGGGAGCCCUGGGUCAGCUGCUGUGAUGGAAACACCCAACACAGAGAGACACAUGGCCACGAGAGGGCCAUGGAUGUUCUCCAGCCACCGACUGCAGGUGUGAGCAAAGCAAAGCCACACAUGUGCAUGGGUAGGGCUGUGCCAGCUCCCAGGCACAGGGUCUGAACACUCAGAUGUCCCUGCACAGGGUGGACAAGCACAGCCACAUCCCUGGCCCUGACCAUGCACAGCGAAAUGCAGGCACAGGUGCGCUCGCUCUCUCCCUCUCUGGUGCCAGACAUUGAAAGGAAAAACUUUUGACUACCUCAAAGGUCCCCCUGUGCAGUGCCUUUUUUUUCCUUCUUUCUUUUUCCUAAUGUGUUUUGGAAAUGGGCCUGUUUCGUUUACUCCAAGUCUGUAUGUUCCCCAGGUUAGAAAAUGAAUUAAAAAAGGGCAUAAACCAGUUAAAAAAGGCACCUCACACCAAGCCACGCCACUCUAGGCAAAUGUACCUGUCUGCAGAUUUGAAGAGGAGAAAGAGCAAGAGCCAGUGCUGCCCAGGGCUUGGCUGGCAGUGAUACUGUGAAAUUUGAUGUACGAUGCACUCACCCUGUCCCUGGGGCAAGUGCCAGCAGUGCAGGGCAGAGCCCUGAGGGCAUUUUUGGUGCCUGGAUAGGUUAGGCAGCACACAACACUCUUUUCCUUUCCCCUCUCCUCCCUCCUUCCACUGGGAGUGAGUUCAGAAAUACUUUCCAAAUUGACACCUCCAUAAUUUAUGUCAGGUACAGUACUUUGGGCAGUUUAUUUAUCCUGUAUGCAGGGUUGGCUCUUGCUCUUUGUAGCAACGUGUACAGGGAGCAAGGGCUGCGUGCAGACAUUUCUCUGUGUUGUUCUUCACCUGGUGGGACCUGUACAGAGAAACCUUGUAGAUUUUGGUGAAUAUUCUAGUUUCUAAAUAAAGGUUAA